UCCAUUGUAGUGAGCAGCCCAGGAAGUGGUUCCACGAUGGCGCCGGCGAGGCCCGCGGCGAGGAGCCGCGUCCAGGGUGUGGGGUCGCGUCGCGGAGAGGUCGGACUCCGGAACGGGAAUGGCAGGCGAAAGCCGUGGCGGCCAAACUACUCUCAGGCCUUCGCGGGGAGCGUGCGCGAGGGACAAGGCUUUGCAUUUCGGAGAAAACUGAAGAUUCAGAAAUACUACAGGAAAUUGCAGUGGAAGGAAAAGAAGGGUCAAACGUCCCACGAAUCCCAGUUCACAGAUCACUACCCAGAUCAUCUGAAGCAUCUCUAUCUAGCUGAAGAAGAAAGGCUCAGGAAGCAACAAAGAAGAGUUGGCCAGCAUUUGCCAGAAUCAGCAACUGACCAGCCUUUGCCUGAAGAACACUCUAACACUGAUCAGACUUUGGUCAAGGACCAGUUUUGUGGUGUUCACCAGCUUCCACCAGAAGAACAAGAUAGCCAAACAGUAAAUUCUGUGACUAUUCCAAAGAAAAAUAAAAAGAAAACUUCAAAUCAGAAAGCAAAAGAAGAAUAUGAACAGAUACAAGCUAAGCGUGCUGCUAAGAAACAAGAAUUUGAGAGGAGAAAACAAGAGAGAGAAGAAGCCCAAAGACAGUACAAAAAGAAAAAAAUGGAAAUGUUCAAAAUAUUGAGCAAAAAGACUAAAAAGGGCCAACCAAACUUGAAUUUACAAAUGGAGUAUCUUCUUCAAAAAAUACAGGAAAAAAGUUAGGUAUUAAAGGUUGAAGUAGUUCUAUUGCCUCUUGGGCUCUUUUGUGCAUAUACUGGUACGCCUCUAAGCAGUGGACUUUAUAGUUAGCAAAGCUGAAUUAUUUUGCAGAUGUUUUUGUUCUUGUUAAAUUUUCUGUAUAUGUACUACAUAGUAGGACUUGCUUCUUAUUUAUUUACCUCUGAAGGGAGGGGGCUUGAAGAGCUUAAAAUCCUUUAGUUUGGUAGAUAAGCUGAAACUCAGAAUACUUUUGUACUAUACAUAAAAUUUAUAUGAAAUAAAAUGUUUUUAAAAUAGCAAAGCUUUCUGUGAAUUAUUUAA